AUGGAGACCCUAACAAACACGCUCCAACCGCUCCUCCAACCCAUAACCCGAGCCCUCCCCUCCCCUAUCGCAGACAUCGGCAUCUCCCUCCUCGGCGCACCCUGCUACCAAACCCUCAUCUACAACGUCGACCUCACGGCCACGGAAUGUGUCAAACUAGGCAUCUCCAAGGGCCUGGGCAUCGGCAUCAUCGGCGCCUCCUCAAUCGUCAAAAUCCCGCAACUACUCAAGCUGCUGAACUCGCAGUCAGCCGAUGGACUAUCCUUUCUGUCGUACCUGCUCGAGUCGAGCUCGUAUCUCAUUUCGCUGGCGUACAAUGUGCGCCACGGGUUCCCGUUUAGCACGUAUGGCGAGACGGGACUUAUUCUAGUUCAGAAUAUUGCGAUUGCCAGUUUGGUGUUGAAAUACGGCGGACACGGGGUUGGCGGCGUGGCGGCGUGGAUUGGGGGGUUGGCGGUUGCGGGUGCGGCGUUGUUUGGUGAGGAGUGGGUGGACAUGGAAAAGUUGGGCUUGUUGCAGGCGGCGGCUGGUGUGCUGGGUGUUGCGAGUAAGGUGCCGCAGAUUUUGACGGUGUGGAGUGAGGGCGGGACGGGCCAGUUGAGCGCCUUUGCUGUCAUCAACUACCUCCUUGGUUCGCUGUCGCGCAUCUUUACCACAAUCCAGGAAGUCGACGAUCCGCUGAUUUUGUACGGCUUCUGCGCUGGUUUUGCUCUCAACGUCAUCCUGUUCCUGCAAGUCGUAUACUACUGGAACGCACCGGCGUCCAAGAAGACCGAAUCGAAGAAGCUGGAGAAGCCGAUUGCGGCGGACAAAAAGGACAUGGCGCGUGCUGUUUCGAGCGGAGCUACGCCUUCGUAUGCGAAUGCGGCUGGCAAGAGUCCCAGCACUAGACGCAGGGGAUAAUUUUGUCCUCUUAGGCAUCAUUUCGUGGCCGAUUUAGGUCAAUUCGAUUUAAUUGCACUGUUUUUCUCCA